CGCCGAUCAACCAACAAAGCACUGGAAUGGCAUCAUUUUCUCCGAAAACUCAUACCGCAUAAGAUCUCGCACUUUUUAGAUUCCAGGGGACACUUGAGGACACCUAUCACCACAAUUUUACUCAAUCAACACCAAAAUCGACAUCCCUUUUCCAUCUCCACACGAGCCGCCGAAAUGCCUAUCAUCAAGAACUUCACCCUGCCGGCUUCUGCGAAACGCCUUGAAUUGUCCGAGGACCUCAACGCCAAGCUCUUCAUUGCUUUCAUCUCCGGAGAUGAUCCCAUCACCAAGCAACCCUGGUGCCCUGAUGUUCGUGCCGCGCUGCCGCAUAUCAAUGCUGCCUUUGCGGAUCCCGAUGCGCCAACUGUAGCCAUUGUCUCGGUUGGAGACAAAUUGAAGUGGAAAGAGCCCAAGAACGUCUACCGCACUCAGUGGAAGGUCAACAACGUGCCGGCCUUGGUACGCUAUCAGCGCGUCAAAGGAGAGGUCCGCGAGACCGCGCGCUUGAUCGAGGCGGAGAUCUUGGAUAAGGCGAAGCUGCAGGCUUUCCUUGCCUAAGUGCAUUUCAUUCACCCGCGUUAUGUUUUAUGUGAUAUGAGAUAGAAUCUUCAUCAGUAUCAGCGUUUUCUCUACUGUUCAUGCGCAUGUACUGAACUUGGCCACAUCGUUUCAUUUCCUCUCACAAGGCAAAUAAAAGUCCACAAGGGCAUUUACCAUCCACUUAGCACCACUACAGCCGCAAGCCACGGGCGAAUUCAAUUCCUUCACGAGCACUUCGAGGCCAUCACACUCCAUGCUCAGUACGCGAAUCCUCGGUCAACUUCGCCUGUGCCGUGACUUGAGUGAUUCCCGCCGCAGAGUCAUGACCAUCACCAUCACGGCAAUCUGUUAAGUGUCG